AUGCAGAACGUGCUCGGCACUUGGCCGGCAGAUACCGUGGAAAAGGCGCAGGAAAAGAGAGCUCGAGAUUCUUUAGAGCAGACCUUGCAAACCGCUUUGAUGUUGGCAGUGGGUGCUUUCCAGGGCGUGCUGGGGGUGGCCGGGGUCUUCAGCGAGAGUAGCAAGCGCAAGGGUGGGCAAGCAGAGGCGGCGCAGGCGGAGGAAGGCUCGGACUGCCGGUCCGAGGCGACUUGCAGCCCUCACAGGCGGGUCGGCGAACUCUCUCCAGCCACGGUGCAAGGCUCUCCCUGGCGGGGUUCCAGUGCUGCCACUUGCCCGCCAGGCAUCGCAGCGGAGACCGGCGCUCCGGCGAACCUCGUUCGCCAGCGGCCACAAAGCCCAACAGAGGCCCGGCUCGGGCGCGACUCGGUCUACCAGAACGGACGAGCCGUUCAGUACGUUGGCCCUUCAGCGGCGUGGCGUGGCGUUCGGAUUGACUGGAUCUGA